AUGCAAGCCUUGGAGGAGGCUCCUCACAACAUGCAAUGUGAGAACAAGUUUCUGAUUCAGAGUUUAGUCGUGAGUUCUGGUGCAACCAUAGAAGACGUUGAAAUACUGUUCGAUGAGGAAGGACAUCAGAGUCAAAAUGGCCUACUGAAUGCGGAGUAUAUUUUCCCACGCCAAGUUCAAUCAGUAGUUCCCGAUGGAAUCUUUGAUGAGGAAGGACAUCGUAGUCAUAAUGGCCUACGGGAUGCGGAGUAUAUUUUCCCUCGCCAAGUUCAAUCAGGAGUUCCCGAUGGAAUUGUAAGCCCUUCUCUGGCUUCUGAAGUUUCUGUUUGCCGAUAG